AUGAGCCUAUGUGGCAGGAAGGCGCUGACGUUGCUGAGCAGCGUGUUCGCUGUUUGCGCCCUGGGCCUGUUGGGGAUCGCCGUAAGCACCGACUACUGGCUCUACCUGGAGGAGGGCGUUAUCCUUCCUCUCAACCAGAGCACCGAGAUACGCAUGUCCCUCCACUCUGGCCUCUGGAGGGUUUGCUUCUUGGCUGGGGAUGAGAAAGGCCGAUGUUUUACCAUAGAGUAUGUGAUGCCCACUAACGUCCAGAUGACCUCCGAGUCCACUGUUAGUGUCCUGAAGAUGAUCCGUUCUGCCACACCCUUCCCUCUGGUCAGCCUCUUCUUCAUGUUCAUUGGUUUCGUACUCAGUAACAUCGGCCACAUCCGACCCCAUCGCACCAUCCUGGCCUUCGUUUCUGGAAUCUUCUUCAUCCUGUCAGGUCUCUCUCUGGUAGUCGGUCUGGUGUUGUACAUCUCCAACAUUAAUGAUGAAAUGUUGAACAGAACCAAAACUAAUGAGGCCUACUUCAGCUACAAGUACGGCUGGUCAUUUGCCUUUGCUGCCAUCUCCUUCCUGCUAACUGAGACAGCGGGUGUCAUGUCGGUGUACCUGUUCAUGAAACGCUACACAGCGGAGGAAAUGUACCGGCCCCAUCAGGGCUUUUACAGGCCUCGCCUCAGCAACUGCUCAGACUACUCCGGCCAGUUCCUCCAUCCAGACGCCUGGGCCGGACGUGGUCGCAGUCCCUCCUCCAUCUCCUCUGAGGCCUCCCUCCAGAUGAAUUCCUCCAACUACCCUGCUCUCCUCAAGUGUCCAGAGUAUGAACAAAUGUCCUCCUCACCUUGCUGAGGCAGAGGAUCAUUGAGUGGUUGUGUUAGCACCGUAGGGGUAAUUUUGAUCUGCCUGGAUUUCGGCAUCAAAUUGUCCAAUAAUUUGAUAUUCUCUAGCUUGAAUCAUUCCCGUCUUCAAGUGUCCUGACUAUGACCUGAUUCUUUCUACCCUCCCAACUUUUUAUUUACACCAUUUGGUUUUGUGGGGAGCAAAAUCUAAGUUGCAGGUUAGCAAGUUCACAGCAGUUUAUUCUCAGCUAAUCUGUCUCAUUUCAGGGAGAGCUGUUAGAAGAUGAGAGAGGAACGAGUUGGACCAGGUUGUACUUUUAUCUGCUUUUUCUCUUGUUUUUAGUGAUAGGUUAGAAGAAACCUGCUGAACUGACCAAGGCUAAAGUCGUCUGAAAAGAGUAGCUUCAAUGUCCACUCUUUGCUUGUACUACAACCCUGGUAGCAGUAGCUUUUUGACAGGAUUACACACUGCACAGCAGACAUGCAGAUGGUUUGCAGGUUUUCAAAACCAAACAGCACAGCAUGUGCUUCGAGCCAGAAAGUGGAAACUAAUCAGUGAAAUCUCCUUGGUGUAGAGGAAAAUAGCCUAGAAUAGUACAUCUUAGAGGGUGGCUCACAAAUUUGUUUCUCAAUUUGAUCAUAAGAUUAUUGCUCAAAUUGUGCAGACUUCAGAUUUAUGAAGCUUGAUGAGAUUAAAAUAAAAUUGUUAUAGCUUUCUUCUACAGAUUGAACACGUGAAACAGCUGUGUCAAUGUGCACAAGCUAGUUUUACUCACAUUCUCAGUUGUCACUUCUCAGUUGCUGCACUAUAUGCAGAAAAUGGCUUUUUGUUGUGUUAUACUGUACUGUAGGUGUUCUCAUUCACAUCAACAGUUUCAGACAUGUUUAUGUGAAGUCGUGCUAGAACUCAACUUGAACUUUUUCAUGUUCAGUUGCAGAGAGUAUGAAACACAUGAUGAAUGAGAAUUUCAACCACUCAAAUUGAUAAUUGUAUUGACAUACCAUUUUAUAAACAAACUGUUUGGGUUACAGACAGGGAGAGUUAGGUUUAUGACAGAUGGUCUUUGACCUCCAAUAUGGACUUCAUUUCUUACUCCUCCUCCCCAGUAUUUCUGUAUCAAGUGUGAUUUUUAAAUAAUUUGCAGAUCACACUGACUUUCAUUUAAGAAGUAAUUAUAUUUCCACUUUAGGUCCUUUCAUUAAUUGUUAUGUAGCCACAGGUGUUUCCUAAACCUUUUAAGCUGUAACCGAAGAGUGAAAAGCUUAACUUUUUUUGUCAAACCUUCCAGCUUCAUUUGCUUUCAUUGGUCCCUUUCACCAGUUUUGGUUAUUGACACCAAAGGAAAGGUUUAUAUUAUAGGCUGCUAGUCCAGAUAUAGGAGAUCUUUUUUAAAGGCCCAAAUGUGAAUAUAUUAAUGGUUAUAUAAACUUUGCGUGUAUUAUUGUAUAUUCUUGUAAAAUGCUUUAUUUGCUGUCAUGAUACAUUAUUAAUAAGAAUACAGGAUUGCUUUACAUCAGUGUUUCAAAAGAUACAGAUGUAAAUAAACCUUUUAUAUUAUCAGAGAACCAAUGAUUCCUGUAUACAAUGUUAUUCUUAGUUAGUCAAUCAAUUAAAGACAAAAAGUGUAAGAUUUAAAAAGAAAAGCUGUACAGGGGCAACACUGUUUGAUUGUGUUUAUCCGAUUAGAGUCCAGAGUUUGUUAUACAUUUAAAUAAGAAGAGAAGGUCGCAGUUUUGAUGGAGAAUGUGAAUGAGUCAGGUGGUAUGAAAGACUAUUCUGAUCUAGAGCCAUUGUGAAUGUACAAUUGCUGUAGGAAAUUCUGCUUAAUAAGAUUUUUUGCACAUAGUAAAAUACCUCUCCUUCAGACAUAUAUAAACCUAAAUUAUAGAUACAUAUUUUUCUAAUUUACACCCUCAUAAUGACAUAAUAUUCUUAGAUGUUUGACACAUAUACUGCAAUCCUCAGUGUGCCAAGGAAGAAGUUUUAUCCAGGUUAAGUGGCUUAAGGUUAAGUAUUGAAUAUAUACAUUUCAUGCAGCAUUAAGUGUGAGUAAACAUAUUAAAGAGAAACAUUUUGUCUUGUGCAAUAAUUUUGUUAGUUUGAUAUAUUAUUAAAAUUAUAAUUAUUGUCAGUAUUUAAUGUUGCAUGGUGUGAACUCCACAUAUUAUUAAAAGCAUGCAACAUUUCAUCACAGGAUCAUGGUAUUUCACCUGCAGUACAUGUAAACAAACAUAGCAAGCUAUGUUUAGCUAUAUAACAAGCUAAGCAAAGUUCACUCUCUCGAGCACUGUUUUGGUAUAUAGACCCGCUACAUUUAGUUUAUUUUAAACACUGUAAAUAUGAAUUAAUCCAUGUGUACAUAGAUUCAUUUUUGUAUAGACAGCAGUACAUGUAAAAAAAAUUGGUUGUUUUGUUGUUGGGUAGAUUUAUCUGCAGUAGAUGUAACAGCUGCUUUGCCUCUGCAUCACACUGGCAAUGUGAACUUUUGCAUAAAGGUAUACUUACAUAAAGU